AUGUCCAGAUCGACGAGCGACGACGACGAGGAGGACGUCGAGGAGGGGGGAGGCGACGAAGAGAUGCAAGAGGAGGAGGGUUCAGAGGAAGGGGAUGAGGAGGAAGACGACGAAGACGACGAGGAGGACGGCGGGGGCGAGGAGAGGCGGUACGUCCUCCCGGACAGAACGACCCGGGGGUCGCGCAUACGGACCGUGAUGGAGGAGGAGGAGAGGCGCGCGGACGAGGAGUUCUGGCAGCAGGAGGCCUUCCAGGAGGAGGCCGUCGAUCAGGACUACGCUGCGACGACGGAUGAUGAGGACGUCGCGGACAGCGACUUCAGCGCACCGGAAGAUUCUGAGGACGAUGACGAAGGGGUUGAAGGCACGCGAGAUGAUCAGCCACGCAAGAAGAAGCUUCUGCCGCCUGGAUCUCAUGGCAGGUCUGCAAGAAAGAAGCGCCCUGCAGACAAGUCAGUGGCGGCCCCAAAGGCCAAGAGGGCGAAAUCACCGCUGCUGGAGGACACUGACAAACCAGUCCAUUCCCCACCUGUGCUGAGAAAAUCCACAAUCGAGCGCAGGGCUGAGGCCGCCCAAGAAAGGCUGAGGCAGGAGCAGCUGAAGGAGAAACGCAAGAAACCGCCGGACACGGAAAAAUACCGGCCACUCACUCAGGCGGAGCUGCUGAAAGAGGCUGCUCAGACGGAGCUAAAGAAUUUAGCUGACCUGAAGGAAUUGGUGGCGAGGGAGGAGGAGACCAAGAAGAGGGCUAUGGUCACGAAAACGCGAUACACUGGACCGCUGGUGAGGGUGAAGUCGGCAAAGGUCGGAGGGUUGGAGAAGACAACGGUGGAGUUGUGCAACAUGCAGCACGUGCCAUCAUGGCUGGAGCCCCAGGUGGCGCCAAAGCCGGCCAAAAGGAGCGUCUGUGCAGUGACGGGGCUUCCAGCCAAAUAUCGGGACCCGUUGACAGGCAUCCCUUACGCCACGCCUGCCGCGUUCAAAAUCUUGCGACAGAGGGGCACACGCAGGUAG